UUUCCUUUGCGGAGCUGCGGCGAGAGCGCGGCCCGGCCGAACGGGCGCGGGACGCGGAGCCCCCGACGGCGCGGCGAGAGGUCGCGCCCGCGCUCCCCGCACCCCGCCUGGCCCUGCUGGCCACCCGCGCGCGCAGCCUAGUCCCCCAGCGCCCUGCUCCGCCCGCGCCCCGUCCCGCCCGCACACCCCCGCGAUGCGGCACGGCGUCGCCUGGGCGCUGCUGGUGGCCGCGGCCCUGGGGCUUGGGGCGCGCGGGGUGCGCGGCGCGGUGGCCCUCGCUGACUUCUACCCGUUCGGCGCCGAGCGCGGCGACGCCGUCACCCCCAAGCAGGACGACGGCGGCUCGGGGCUGCGGCCGCUCUCGGUGCCCUUCCCGUUCUUCGGUGCCGAGCACUCCGGACUCUACGUGAACAACAACGGCAUCAUCUCUUUCCUGAAGGAGGUUUCUCAGUUCACCCCAGUGGCCUUCCCCAUUGCCAAGGACCGCUGCGUGGUGGCAGCCUUCUGGGCAGAUGUGGACAACCGGCGUGCAGGCGACGUGUACUACCGGGAGGCCACCGACCCAGCCACGCUGCGCCGAGCCACGGAGGAUGUCAGGCGCUACUUCCCCGAGCUCCUGGACUUCAGCGCCACCUGGGUUUUUGUUGCCACCUGGUACCGAGUGACCUUCUUUGGAGGCAGUUCCUCAUCCCCUGUCAACACAUUCCAGACUGUGCUCAUCACAGACGGCAAGCUCUCCUUCACCAUCUUCAACUAUGAGUCCAUCGUGUGGACUACAGGCACACACGCCAGCAGCGGGGGCAACGCCACUGGCCUCGGGGGCAUCGCAGCCCAGGCUGGCUUCAACGCAGGCGAUGGGCAGCGUUACUUCAGUAUCCCCGGCUCGCGCACAGCAGACAUGGCCGAGGUGGAGACCACCACCAACGUGGGUGUGCCCGGGCGCUGGGCGUUCAGAAUCGAUGAUGCCCAGGUGCGCGUGGGGGGCUGCGGCCAUACAACCUCCGUGUGCCUGGCCCUGCGCCCCUGCCUCAACGGCGGGAAGUGCAUCGACGACUGCGUCACGGGCAACCCCUCCUACACCUGCUCCUGCCUCUCGGGCUUCACGGGGCGGAGGUGCCACCUGGACGUGAACGAAUGUGCCUCCCAGCCCUGUCAGAAUGGCGGGACCUGUACUCACGGCAUCAACAGUUUCCGCUGCCAGUGCCCGGCCGGCUUUGGGGGAUCCACCUGUGAGACAGCCCAAUCCCCCUGUGACACCAAAGAGUGUCAACAUGGUGGCCAGUGCCAGGUGGAGAACGGCUCUGCGGUGUGUGUGUGCCAGGCUGGAUACACUGGAGCAGCCUGCGAGACAGAUGUGGACGACUGCAGCCCUGACCCCUGCCUGAAUGGAGGUUCUUGUGUUGACCUAGUGGGGAAUUACACCUGCUUGUGUGCAGAGCCCUUCAAGGGACUUCGCUGUGAGACAGGUAACUGGCCAAGUGCCUGCAGGCCGCCAUGGCUGAUAGUGGCUUUGUGCCGUGAACACCACCAUAGCCGCUUUCCCCUUCCUGCCUCGCCAUCUGACUCACCUCACACCUGUCUCUGGGGUGGGGGGAUGCCUCUGCCCCCUUCCCACUCCCCAGCGCUUCCCGCUCAGCCUGGAUCCAAACCCAAAGGUGCCAUUGGAGCUGGGCGGGGAGACCACUCUCCCCACCAGCGGCCUGUGUGGCCACUGGUGACUGCUGUCUUUCUUGCAGGAGACGCCUGCCUCUCGGCCCCUUGCCAUAAUGGGGGCACCUGUGUGGAAGCAGACCAGGGCUACGUGUGCGAGUGCCCCGAAGGCUUCAUGGGCCUGGACUGCAGGGAGAGAGUCCCCGAUGACUGUGAGUGCCGCAACGGAGGCAGAUGCCUGGGCGCCAACACCACCCUCUGCCAGUGCCCCCCGGGAUUCUUUGGGCUUCUCUGUGAAUUUGAAAUCACAGCCAUGCCCUGCAACAUGAACACACAGUGCCCAGACGGGGGCUACUGCAUGGAGCACGGCGGGAGCUACCUCUGCGUCUGCCACACUGACCACAAUGCCAGCCACUCCGUGCCAUCACCCUGCGACUCAGACCCCUGCUUCAACGGAGGCUCCUGCGAUGCCCAUGACGACUCCUACACCUGCGAGUGCCCGCGCGGGUUCCACGGCAAGCACUGCGAGAAAGCCCGGCCACACCUGUGCAGCUCAGGGCCCUGCCGGAACGGGGGCACGUGCAAGGAGGCGGGCGGCGAGUACCACUGCAGCUGCCCCUACCGCUUCACUGGGAGGCACUGUGAGAUCGGGAAGCCAGAUUCGUGUGCCUCUGGCCCCUGUCACAACGGCGGCACCUGCUUCCACUACAUUGGCAAAUACAAAUGUGACUGUCCCCCAGGCUUCUCCGGGAGGCACUGCGAGAUAGCCCCCUCCCCCUGCUUCCGGAGCCCGUGUGUGAAUGGGGGCACCUGCGAGGACCGAGGCACGGAUUUCUUCUGCCACUGCCAAGCAGGGUACAUGGGACGCCGGUGCCAGGCAGAGGUGGACUGCGGCCCCCCGGAGGAGGUGAAGCACGCCACACUGCGCUUCAACGGCACGCGGCUGGGCGCAGUGGCCCUGUAUGCAUGUGACCGCGGCUACAGCCUGAGCGCCCCCAGCCGUGUCCGGGUCUGCCAGCCACAUGGUGUCUGGAGCGAGCCUCCCCAGUGCCUCGAAAUCGAUGAGUGCCGGUCUCAGCCGUGCCUGCAUGGGGGCUCUUGUCAGGACCGUGUUGCUGGGUACCUGUGCCUCUGCAGCACAGGCUAUGAGGGCGCCCACUGUGAGCUGGAGAGGGAUGAGUGCCGAGCUCACCCCUGCAGAAAUGGAGGCUCCUGCAGGAACCUACCGGGGGCCUAUGUCUGCCGGUGCCCUGCAGGCUUCGUCGGAGUCCACUGUGAGACAGAGGUGGACGCCUGCGACUCCAGCCCCUGCCAGCAUGGAGGCCGGUGUGAGAGCGGCGGCGGGGCCUACCUGUGCGUCUGCCCAGAGAGCUUCUUCGGCUACCACUGCGAGACAGUGAGUGACCCCUGCUUCUCCAGCCCCUGUGGGGGCCGUGGCUACUGCCUGGCCAGCAACGGCUCCCACAGCUGCACCUGCAAAGUGGGCUACACGGGCAAGGACUGCGCCAAAGAGCUCUUCCCACCGACGGCUCUCAAGAUGGAGAGAGUGGAGGAGGCCGGGUUCUCCAUCUCCUGGAACCCGCCCGACGGCCCAGCCGCCAGGCAGAUGCUUGAUGGCUACGCGGUCACCUACGUCUCCUCCGACGGCUCCUACCGCCGCACGGACUUUGUGGACAGGACCCGCUCGUCGCACCAGCUCCGGGCCCUGGCGGCUGGCAGGGCCUACAACAUCUCCGUCUUCUCGGUGAAGCGCAACAGUAACAACAAGAAUGACAUCAGCAGGCCUGCCAUGCUGCUGGCCCGCACGCGACCCCGCCCUGUGGAAGGCUUCGAGGUCACCAAUGUGACGGCUAGCACCAUCUCAGUGCAGUGGGUCCUGCACAGGAUCCACCAUGCCACCGUCAGUGGGGUCCGCGUGUCCAUCCGCCACCCUGAGGCCCUCAGGGACCAGGCCACCGAUGUGGACAGGAGUGUGGACAGGUUCACCUUUGGGGCCCUGCUGCCUGGGAGGAGGUACACCAUCCAGCUGACCACCCUCAGUGGGCUAAGGGGAGAGGAGCACCCCACGGAGAGCCUGGCCACUGCGCCGACGCACGUGUGGACCCGGCCCCUGCCUCCAGCAAACCUGACCGCCGCCCGAGUCACUGCCACCUCUGCCCACGUGGUCUGGGAUGCCCCGACUCCAGGCAGCUUGCUGGAGGCUUAUGUCAUCAAUGUGACCACCAGCCAGAGCACCAAGAGCCGCUAUGUCCCCAGUGGGAAGCUGGUGUCCUAUACCGUGCGAGACCUGCUGCCGGGACGGCGGUACCAGCUCUCCGUGACAGCGGUGCAGAGCACGGAGCUGGGGCCACUGCACAGCGAGCCCGCCCACCUCUACAUCAUCACCUCCCCCAGGGAUGGCGCCGACAGACGCUGGCACCAGGGAGGACACCACCCUCGGGUGCUCAGGAACAGACCGCCCCCGGCGCGCCUGCCGGAGCUGCGCCUGCUCAAUGACCACGACGCCCCCGAGACCCCCACCCAGCCCCCCAGGUUCUCGGAGCUUGUGGACGGCAGAGGAAGAGUGAGCGCCAGGUUCGGUGGCCCACCCAGCAAAGCAGCCACCGUGAGAUCACAACCCACAGCCUCGGCGCAGCUCGAGAACACGGAGGAAGCUCCCAAGCAGGUCAGCCUGACCCUCCAGCUCCCUGAACAUGGCAACAAGGACAUCGGAAAUGUCCCUGGCAACUGUUCAGAAAACCCCUGUCAGAACGGAGGCACCUGUGUGCCAGGCGCAGACACCCACCGCUGUGACUGCGGGCCAGGGUUCAAAGGCAGACGCUGCGAGCUCGCCUGUGUAAAGGUGUCCCGCCCCUGCACAAGGCUGUUCUCCGAGACAAAGUCCUUUCCAGUCUGGGAGGGAGGCGUCUGUCACCACGUGUAUAAAAGAGUCUACAGAGUUCACCAGGACAUCUGCUUCAAAGAGAGCUGUGAAGGCACAAGCCUCAAGAAGACCCCAAACAGGAAACAAAGUAAGAGUCAGACACUGGAGAAAUCUUAAGGAUUUAAGACGUUCUUGUUAACACUCCACCAACCUCACGAGUUUCUAACACCCAGGAAGAUGAGGUCUAAAAACUGGAUGAAAAAGGACACCGUGAGAGAAAAGGUCCUAGCUGGAGUCAGUCCCCUCUGUGACCUCUCUCCUCAGGCCUCUAGAGGACAGAUGGCCAGGCCUGUGCACACACCAGCCCACCCUGAGAGACCCCUCUGGGACCAACCACCUACGAGUCCUGCGAUGCAUUUAAGCAGCCUGUGCCCUCACCCAGGCUGCAGUUCCUGAAGGUGUGGUCUGUGCCUCUGCGGAUGAGAUGACAGCUCGCCAUUCCCCAGGAUUAGUGAGGCUGUCAGUCAGCCACCCUUCUGCAGUAUGCAGAAACCUGUUCUUAGACUCCAGAGCCAGAGAAAGGAUUCUCCCUUCGAGGCCUAACAAAUUGAGAAGGAACUGUGAUGGACCACUUCCAAAACAGAGACGGGGCAGGGGCUGAAGGGCAGAGACCAGGUGAUGCCAGAAGGAAAGCCGGGUUGCAGACACUGCCACCCCUGCUCUGGUCCCCCAGCAAGUUUAUGACGCUCGUGCAGGUCGAUGAGCCAUCCUACGGACUAGUACAAUUUGGAAGAGUUAACAGCAGGUGGAGUUCAGACUCUUUUAGACAACAGUGCGACUGGCAGCCUUUCUCUAUAAAGGGUCAGAUAGUAAACAUUUUCAGCUUUGCAGACGAGAGGUCCCCGUGGCUACAGUAGCGCAGACACAGCCGCAGGCAUGUAAUUGAAUGGCUGUGGCUAUGUUCCAAUAAAAACUUAUUUACAAUAACAGGUGGUGGCCAAAUUGGCCUUAUUUGGUGAACCCUGUUCUGAGAUCACCUAGGCUUCAGCCUUAAACAGUGGAAGCCAUCCCCUGAAUGACAAGUCACAAGGGUAUCAAAGAAAGACCCCUGAAUUUUCAUGGAAAAAGCUAUCCAGACCCCUGCUUGGAAAGCUAAGGCACACUGCCACAAAGCAGCAAGGACACCUUACAAGUCUCAGUGCGACAGAGAUGGACACCUGGGCUGGGCUGGGCAAUGUUUCAGGUUCCUUUUAGUCCAUGACUCAAGUAUUGCUGCUUUAGGCUAUCAGGUAGUAAACACGGCCUUAGACAUCCCCAUCUUCGUAAGCAGAACAGUACGGCACCUCACCACAUCUGCUUCCCACCGUUCUUCUAAGCAGCUGUCUUCCCCCUGCUAAUGUUACAACCAAAGCAGCCAUCCCACCUCCUCUCGUGUUGAGCCUCAUGAUGGCUGACCCAGCUGGAAAGCCAGCGCCCUGCCGCGUCGCCCUGACUCUGCUCAGAGCCAGCAUUCCAGCCACAAAGAGGGCCUCCUUCCUUUCAUCUUUUAUAAAAAUGUUUUUUGAAGAGUUAGAGUAUAUUUUAGGCUUUUUAUCUUUAUUAAAAUUUCAUGUGCAUGUG